AUGUCUUCCCCCAACCCUGAGGAUGUGCCCCAGAGGCCAGAACCUGAGCCCUCAAGCUCCAAUAAGAAAAAGAAGAAAAGGAAGUGGCUGCGGCAAGAAGCCAGCAUCCAAGCCCUCACCAGGGCUGGCCAUGGGGCCCUUCAGGCUGGCCGGAACUACGAAGCCUUGAACAACUUCCAGAGGGCCUUCCUUCUGGCCUCCAAGGCCCCACAAACCAGGGAUACCCCUGUGCUCCAGGCCUGCGCCUUCAACCUGGGGGCUGCCUAUAUAGAGAGUGGGGACCCAGCCAGAGGCCUUGAGCUACUACUGCGAGCCCACCCUGAAGAGAAGGCACAGGGCAGGCAUCAUGGCGACCAGUGUUUCAAUGUGGCUGUGGCCUACCAUGCCCUCGGCGAGCUGCCUCAAGCUUUGGCCUGGUACCACAGGGCCCUGGGCCACUACCAGCCACAGGGUGACCAGGGAGAAGCCUGGGCAAAAAUGGGAGCCUGCUACCAGGCUCUGGGACAGCCUGAGCUAGCAGCCCACUGCCUGCAGGAAGCAAGCCAGGCCUAUGCCCAAGAGAGGCAGCUGCGGGCCGCAGCCCUGGCAUUGGGGGCUGCGGCAAGAUGUAUGCUGAAGAGUGGGCAGCAUCGGGUGGGGGAAGUUGUGCAGGUGCUGGAGAAAAGCCGGAGGCUUGCCGAGAGGAGCACUGAGAGGCGACUGCUGGGGCACCUCUAUAAUGAUCUAGGCCUGGGCUACUCCCAGCUCCAGCUGUUCCCACUGGCCGUGGAGGCCUUCCUGCAGGCCCUGCCCCUGUGCUGGGUGCCAGGAGAGCAGGCCACAGUGCUAAGAAACCUCGGGAUGGCCCACAAUGCCCUCGGCAACUAUCAGGAAGCUCGGGAGUUUCACCAGAAAGCUGCUGACCUGCACGGCUCUGUGGGGCAGCGGUGGGAGCAGGGCCGGAGCUUUGGCAGCCUGGCCUUUGCAUUGAGCCAGCUGGGGGACCACAAGGCUGCCAGAGACAACUACCUGCAUGCCCUGCAGGCUGCCCGGGACUCUGGGGACAUGAAGGGACAGUGGCAGGCCUGUGAGGGUCUGGGAGCUGCUGCAGCCAGGCUGGGGCAGUAUGACCAGGCCUUGAAGUACUAUAAGGAAGCACUGGCCCGGUGUCAGAAAGAGCCAGAUUCUGUGCGAGAACGGCUGGUGGCCAAGCUGGCAGACACCGUGAGGACGCUCUUGGCCCAGGUGGGGCUGGUCCAGACUCACACCCUGACUUCGGCUCCGGGAAGACUCCAGGCUCCAGGUGGGGCCAGCCAGGCGGAGGGGACCCCAGCAAAGGCAGGAAGCAGCAAAGCAAGUGCCCAGCACAGAUCUUCCAGUGGGUGGGAAGAUGAAGAGUUUGAGGAGGGCCACCAGAAGAAAAAAGAGGAGAGGUCGGCAAACGUUCCCGUGAGGGCUGGGCCGUGGAGACUGGAGCUGUGUUUCCUUCCAGGCACAGUGAAUCAUUCCCACCAUCUAGCUUCUAGUUGCCCCAUGUUUACCAAGCACGCGCCCUGCAGAGGGACAGUCCUCUGCAAAGCCUCCAUCUAUAGUCCAGGACCCAGGGCCCAUCUUCCAUUUGUAGGUCCAGGCCCUCCCAGAGCGGAGUACCCUAGCAUCUUGGUACCCAAUGGCCCUCAAGCCAAUAGGUCAUCCAGGUGGCCCAGGGAAAGCCUCAGCAGGAGCCACCAGAGGAGACCCACGGAGUCGGGCAUCUGCACUAUCGUGUAA